AAUUUGUAUAAUGUAUAUUUUAUAAUUUGUAUGAUUUAAUCUAAAUAAUAAAAAAAAAUCAGCUACUAUAUGUUUUACUAUACCCAGCGGCAUAAUUUGACCUCUUUACAAAUGGCGGACGUUGACAACAGCUGGAUUCAGAUUAUGUGAUAGGCAAUAUUGAUAGUUAGUUAUCUAGGUUAUUUAAAAUCUCUGCUGUUAACUUAUUUUCUAGUUUAUAAUUUUUAACGUUAUCAUUCUUUUGCUCGUGAACCAUAGAUAAUAAAGAUCUUUAUUAUCUAUGUCGUAAACACUAAACUACUUCACAUAAAAGAGAUAACGACGGUUGUUCGAUUUUGAAUUUUCUUAUCGUACUAUAUUUUUUUAUAUUAUUUUGUUGUAUUUUGUAGAAUAUUAGAUACUUAACAAUUGACGAUUCGUCAAGUCGGAGAAUUUACAACAUUACUCUGUAUAAAUGAUUACUGGUAAGGCCAUAACUGCUAGCUGAAUCCUCUAGUCCAGAAGAAGUCGAGUUAAUAAAUCAAUUUCAAUUAAAUGGUCCGUUGAAAUCUCUGCAACUGUAUAUUUCGAUCUAUUGUUUGUUUUACGUGUUUUCAUAUCCACCAAUUCUGUACAUUUUUAUGUUUUUAAUAGGUAACGAGUUACCACUUUUUAAUUAACCAUGCUAUUAUUAUAUCCUAUAGGUACGAUAAUUAUACUUUUUGAGACUUGACUAUGGAUGAUUUCUUGCGACUGAUUACUUCGGAUUUUGAACGUAUAGCAACUAGUACUGGGUUCCGAUUCAAUCAAUACAGUGGAUCGGUGGACUGGGAAUAUUUAGAUGAAUUCGUCGUUAAUGAUGUAGUUGAAAACGCUGAUGUAAAGAGCCUGUCAAUGCUUGUAGCCAGUGUUCUUAGUUAUAAUAUUGAGAAAAUGAGUGCGUCUAAGAAAAUAUUUCGUCUUUCACAAUUGAUCAUAGACUUUUUGUUGCAUUAUAAAAAACAUUCAACUUUUAAGUUCAAUGACAAAGUAGAUUCAAUGGCACUUUGUGAGUUAUGUGGAAAGAUGUUUAUGGAUGUUUCUUAUUUAAAAUAUCACUGCUUCCGUCGACACAAUCUUAACUCUUGCACUUUUACAAGUUCACCCGAUAAUGAGGAUGUUGAUAGUUUAAAAUCAGAAAUCUUCCAACUUCAAACUCAAUUGAAAGAAAUUACAUCAACUUUUGAGAAUAAAUUAAAAAAAUCUAAAAUGUACAUAGAUGAACAUGACCUAAAGAACUGUAAUUUUGUUCAUAAAAAUAAAUUAUUAUAUCAUUUAAUACCUCAACCAGGUGAUAACCCUAUGCAGAUACAAGAAAUGUAUUGGAAGCAAAAGUAUGAAAGCCUAGAAGAAAAUUAUAAUACUCUUAAAAAUGAAUAUGAGAAAAAUCGAAAUUCUCCUAAAUCUAAAACUAUUUUCCAUCAUAAACAUCAACAGUGCGAUUCUUAUAAGUCUGAAAAAUCGUCAAAAUGUGUACAGACAAAUCUUUUAAUUGAAAAUUCAACUCCUGCGUGCUCUCCAAAACGACCACCUCGGGCAACUGAUGCAACACCUAUGAAUGAAUGCAAAGGAAUCUGUCGUAUGGAUAUUUCAGACAUUGAUCAGACAAAUUCCGAUUCUUAUCGAUGUAAUGCUGAUUUAAGUUCAGACAGAGAUUUUUAUGAGUUAAAGAAACUAAGACUGGAAGCACGUAUGAAUAUUAAUGAUAACAGUGUUUGUGAAAAUCUGUCUGAGCCCUUAUUGUCUUCUGACUAUGUAGACAGUUUAAAAAUUGUGUUGAUACUGGGUCAGGAUCGAGUGAAUGAAUUAUUUAAAAAUACCUCUUUAAUGGAUUUAAUAAAAUUUGAUGUCAAAGAAUUAGUUAACAAAAGGUUGGAAGAGUGUUAUAGAUUUAUGGAUGAUAGUGUAGAACAGGAUAAUUGUUUACAUGAAAUGUGUGAAAAUCUAGAAUCAACUGAAAUUACCGUUUGUGAAGAUAAUAAAAAAGAUCAAUAUACUUCUCCUGAAAUUGAUUGUAAUAAUACUUCAGUUAAAAAGAAUAAGACAGUCAUGUCAAAAUUAAAAAAGAAAGCAUUGAGCUUGAGCAAUAUAUUUUCUCCAAAUUCAAAAAAUAAAAAAUUAGAAGUACAACCAUCAACUAAACAAGAGCCUGAGAUUUCACAAUCAAAUGAACAACUUAUUUUAUAAUAAUGAUAUUGGUAAUGCAUUACUUAGAUAAUGAUUGAUACUAUGUAGGCAUUAUUAUCAUUGUAAAAAAAUAAUACAAUCAUGAACUAAUUAUUAAUUUUUAAGAAUGU